AUGGAUUCUCGGGACGCGCCUAUAGUAACGGGGGAACCAUGCUUUGACCCGGCGACUUUAACGACGGACCCGUGCUUCCACGCGCUCCAAAGGGGGGAGCUUCCAGCUGACACAGUGCGGGCGGUGGAUGAUGGCUGGAGCAGCAUGAGCAGGGACGAGCUGCGCCUCAUCCAAGCAGCGCUGCAGCGCGCCCAGCAGCGGCCCAGCGACGUAGUAGGUGACUCCGCAUUCACCGCUGCCGCGCAGCACCGCGGGUUGGGUGGGUUUGAGCCCGCGUCAACAACCGCAGAGAACCAGACGCUGCGUGAGUCCGAGCCAGCAGCAUCAAGUUCCGAGCACGCGGGGUUGGUGCUGGUUGGAGCAUCAAGUGAGAGGGAGAGUCCGGUAGCAGAAGCACCCUCAGCAGCAGCAGCAGCAGGGCCGCCGCAGGACGAUGGGAGAGGGGUUCUUGGGGAUCUAGUGUCCCCUCCCAACCCCCUGCUCACUCAGAUUCGGAAAGAGUCCCGGAGUUGUCCCCAGGCCCUCAAGGCAGCGAUACCAGCAGAGGUGCUUCUGAGGCAGCAGGGGCGGGCGGGGUUCAGCAAUCGCACGCAGAUAGCCACUCUGCUGGAGGCUGCAGUGGGGUUCAUCGAGGGCAUGCGGGAGUACAAGCGGGACCUGCAGAGGCAGCUGCUGGCCUCGUAA